UUCCUCAGAGGAAGUUGCGUAGCGUUACGUCCAGCGUCUGAACCUGAGAGACCGAUGCAGGAAGCAGUGUGAAAAAUCAUGAACAAAUGUGUUUUUUGAGCUGUUCUGUGUACUUUUCGGUAACAGCGAGAUUUAAACAGGACCAACCCCAGUGUCCGGUGCAUCCACGCCAUAGAAAUCACAUUUAACGACGUGUAACUUUGAUUAAACAAGAAAAUAAACUAAAGUGGAAGGAGCAACAGGGGGUGCAACAUGGCGGACAGGAACAGAUGAUAUUACUGGGAUCAACACAAGUGAAAGUGCACGGAUCCAAGCGCAGCCGGUGGAGGACAUCGGUGUAGCCUUAGUGCAUGGGUCUCCGGACCGGACUGUAGCCCCGCUGACAGCCCCAUGGCCUCGCCUCAAAGCCGGCUAAACCAGCGGGCCUUGGCGGCGCUGGACGUGGCUCUCCGGGUGCCCUGUAUCUUCAUCAUCGACGCCAUCCUAAACUCGUACUCUGAGCCCGGUGCCGGAUGGGCCGGUACCGCGGGGAGGCUGUCGGUCCGGGCCGUGGGUGUGCUGGUGUCCCUGGUGAUCCUGCUCCUUUCUCAAAAAGCCCUAUUCAGAUUCUACUCUCUGUUUUUGGGCGUUCUUCUGGCUUUUGCCUCCGUCCUGGUGAACUACUACGCGGCGUCGCAUUCAGACUUCCAUGGCGUGCUCCACAGUUCGGCGUCCGCUCUCCGCCUGCUGCCCAGAGCCGGCGCGGCGGUGUGGUUGGCUCUGGCCGCGGUGCAGUUGGCGUUCGGUAUCGGGUUCAUCUGUCUGCUGAGGGUUCACUCUCUGCUGGCGGCCUUGAUCGUUCUGGACGUGGUGAUGCCGCUGUGGGCGCUGAUGCUGGAGCUCCCGGUGGACGUUCGGCAACUUGUGGCUGUUUUCUCGGGUUUGGCGCUGGCUCUGACCACACUGUUUUGUCUCGCCGUCAGGCUCCGGUGGUUUUACUACUCCUGUAGGUACGUGUAUCUGCUGGUGCGGCACAUGUACCGGAUCUACGGCCUGCAGCUGCUUCUGGAGGACACCUGGAAAAGGAUUCGUUUCCCCGACGUGCUUCGGGUUUUCUGGCUCACCCGCGUCACUGCUCAGGCCCUGCUUCUGAUCUACGUGAUCCGAGCAGUGAGCCGGGAGGGCCACGAGCCAGCAGGAGGCACUACAGACACCACAGCGCAAACACAGGCCGGCAUGCUGAGUUGGGAGGGGCUUGGCGAGCUCUUGUCCAAUCUGAUCAUCUCCGGCUGUGACUCAACGCUCACAGUUUUGGGGAUGAGCGCCGUUAUCUCGUCUGUCGCACACUACCUCGGCCUCAGCAUCCUCGCCUUCAUCGGCUCCACUGAGGAGGAGGACAAGCGUCUGGGCUUCGUGGCUCCGGUUUUGUUCUUCAUCCUGGCACUUCAGACUGGACUCAGCAGUCUGGACCCAGAGGAGAGACUGGUGCGUCUGAGCAGAAACAUGUGCCUGUUGCUGACGGCGAUCCUCCAUUUUGUGCACGGGAUGGCAGACCCGGUGCUGAUGUCCCUGAGCGCGUCUCAUGUCUCGUCUCUGCGACGCCACCUCCCUGUUCUUCUGGUGUCCAUUGCGCUGCUUGUUCUACCUGUGCUGCUCUCUCUGUUACUAUGGAAACACUAUGCCCUCAACACCUGGCUCUUUGCAGUAACAGCGUUCUGUGUGGAGCUUUGCCUCAAGGUGAUGGUCUCCCUGACGGUGUACGGGCUCUUUAUGGCAGACGGGCUCUCAGUGACCCUGUGGGAGAAGCUGGAUGAUUACGUGUACUACGUGCGCUCCACAGGAAACAUUAUUGAGUUCCUGUUUGGCGUGGUCAUGUUCGGAAAUGGUGCCUACACCAUGAUGUUUGAGUCCGGCAGCAAGAUCCGUGCCUGCAUGAUGUGUCUGCACGCCUACUUCAACAUUUACCUGCAGGCGAAGAACGGAUGGAGGACUUUCAUCAACCGCCGCAGUGCUGUGAAGAAGAUCAACUCCCUCCCCGAGCUCAAGGGGGCGCAGUUACACAACAUUGGAGACGUGUGCGCCAUCUGCUACCAGGAGUUCAGCGCGUCUGCUCGGAUCACGCCGUGUAACCACUACUUCCACGCGCUCUGUCUGAGGAAGUGGCUCUAUAUUCAAGACACCUGCCCCAUGUGCCAUCAAAGAGUCUACAUCGAAGACAGCACCGACCGAGCGGCGUUCACCAACAACAACGGCGCCGCUGUGUACGAGGACGCCGAGAGAGAGCGGGAGGAGGGAGCGGAGGAGGAGCGCCCGGAGGAGAGGAGAGAAGGAGCAGCAGAGGAGGACAGAGGAGAGAUAAAUGAUAAUGACAGUAUUGAGUAUGAUUCAGACGAGUGGGGAACUCAGAACACAGCAGCAUCACCGGAAGAAGAAUACAUGGACCAGGACUCGGACUCAGACCAGAACUGAGCCAAAAAGAUCUAGAAUAAAGAACUGGGUCUGAACCAGGACUAUAAACCAGGUCUUCUGCCGCUACUUUCCUCAUGACACAAACCCACACAGUUGAGGUGGUUAUGGUGGAAAGAACCAGGACUAAACCAGGGAAUAAACCAGGUCUGAACCAGGACUGAACUGGGUCUGAACCACACCAGCCACAUCUUGCAGUUCCGAUGGUUUAGACGAUGGAAGUUUAGAAAGAACCAAGACUUUACUCAUGGUCUUGGUUAAGUCCUGCUAAACUAAAUCAGGUCUUAAAGGUCUAAAAUUAACCAACCAAGACUAUGGGCCCUUUAAUUAUAUUUAUUAACCAAAUGUACCCCCUUUUAAUUUGUCCUAUUUCCACCUAAAUGGGAUUGGCUGUUAACAGACGUGGUUUGGACCUUGGAUUGCUCCUGGUUUAGUCUCAUGUUAGUCCUGGUUUAUCUGCUCAAAUCGUGGUUCAGUGUUGAGUUUUUCCCUGGGUUUUUUCUGGUAUGUUCCUGGUUUAAUCCUUUUUUAUUUUAGAAACCAUUGGAGCUCAACAGUGACUGCCCACCACAAAGUAAAUUGUCCUUUCCUUUUUUCCCAUAGACUGUCUGGGACAAAAAUAAUAGUAUUUAAAGUUUGAGCGUUUGCUGUGGGCUAAAUGACCACAGGAUCUAUACAUUUAUUACAAUUUUCACAAACCACUAAGUUAUUAAUUUUAAGUUUUAAAUGUGUUUUUGGACGUUAGUUACCACAAAGCAUUGUGCCUUUAUACUAUUAAAGGCCCUGCACCUGAUUUUUCUCAUUUAUUUGAGCAAAUAGUGUCUCUCCCCAGUACAAGCAGCUCUUGAGGUUAAACUAAGUCGACUGUGUACUGUCUGCAUCUAAUUCUAAUGCUCUUUAUUGUCCGAUAAUCAGGAAGUUCUAUUAAUAUGCUAGUUGUUGUGAGCUUUAUGAUCACGGCAAAACUCAGAGUUGUGAAAAACUCUUAGAAACUCCUUGUGGUGAAUCAUUUGGAUGCUCUGAAUGCAUAAAGUAAGUGAGGAAUAACUUUGGACCACUGCAAACUGUUUCAAUGAACUAGUUCUGUUUUUCACAUUUUAAUACAAUAAAAAAUCAGGUACAGAGACUUUUAAUAUUUAUUUUUAAAGUCUAUGGGAGGGAGAUUUACUUUGGAACUCUGGCAAAACUGUUGAGUUCGAGAACAUGUGAACAUUAUUUUAAAAUCCUCUAUAUUUAUUUAUGUCAUAAACCGCUUUCAGUCCCACGUUGGAUUUUGCAGGAAGCUCGAGGAUUCCGAAGAGGAAGAAAACAUUAUGAAAUUGAUGAGUAUUUAAACGUUUGAAAUUAAAGGGCUUUUUGGAGUUGCUGCUUGAAUGAACGAGUGAAUGUUUGAAGCUACAACCAAAACUGCUGCAGAACCAGACUUUACCCCGACUUUUGGAUCAGGAAAAUAAACUGCGAAAUGCUGUUAAUCAAGGUUUAUUUUGGGAAUAAAGACAACACUGGAAAUAUA